UCUGUGGCUCGCUCGCUCGCAGGCGUCGAGACUUAGACGCCUUUCGACCACGCCUCCCGACCUUCUGUCUCUAAGGGCAUUUCGGUCGAAGCUCGUUCUCGCUUGUGGUCCGUUCGCUUCUCGUGACUCGGGCCAAGGGUAGAGCGGCCGUCGUCAAGGUUGUGGUGCUCUCUUACGGCGGUCAUCUGCUCGCCGAUCUCACUCCGAUCUCUUCGAGUUUGGUGAAGAGUUUGCCGCCAUGGGCCUCACAUUCACCAAGCUCUUCACCAAGCUGUUCUCCAAGCGGGAGAUGCGUAUUCUUAUGGUAGGUCUUGAUGCAGCUGGUAAGACGACCAUUUUGUACAAGCUUAAGCUCGGGGAGAUCGUUACCACCAUUCCCACCAUCGGUUUCAACGUGGAGACUGUGGAGUACAAGAACAUUAGUUUCACAGUGUGGGAUGUCGGAGGUCAAGACAAGAUCCGGCCAUUGUGGAGGCAUUACUUCCAGAACACUCAGGGUCUUAUCUUUGUGGUGGAUAGUAAUGAUAGAGACCGUGUUGUGGAGGCCAGGGAUGAGCUGCAUCGAAUGUUGAACGAGGAUGAGCUACGGGAUGCUGUCCUCCUUGUGUUUGCCAACAAGCAAGAUCUACCGAAUGCAAUGAAUGCUGCUGAGAUCACCGACAAGCUUGGUUUGCACUCUCUUCGUCAACGCCACUGGUACAUCCAGAGCACUUGUGCCACUUCUGGUGAGGGUCUGUACGAAGGACUUGAUUGGCUUUCCAGCAACAUUGCGAACAAGGCUUAAGUGUGGAGCAUCGAAGUGCCGCCUCCUCUCGUUUCACUAGCUUUUUUGCUGCCUGCAUUACGACGGCACUAUUCCACUUGAGUUUUGUACUUGCAGAUUUGCCUCGUCUCUUUGUCUCUCUCCAUGCCUUAGAUGAGUAUAAUGUUGUCAAUGAAAUCUGCGCGUCUUAUACACGUAUCUCAUUAUUGAUUGCAUUGUUACAUCCUUUAGGGGCCUCUCUUUUUCAUUUUUGCAACUGUUCUUCAUGCGAAAUGGACAUUGAGGAUAAUUCUUUAGUCUUAUUCAUAUCUACAAGAUAAUUUGCUUCAGAAAGUUCUUAGACAAGCAGCAGUCGUGACUCUCCGGUCAAUUCUGUGCAUGCUUGCAAUUCUAGUUGUGGAUUAGCGUUAGUACGAUUUAUGAAAUGACGUGAGUUCAUACUUGGUAUUAUGCUUAUGGAUUAAGAAGUUAA